CCUUCGUCUGCAGCGACGCCCCAAAACCCUCCUCCUCUCGCCAGACACCCACCAUCGCCCAACCCCCCAUCCCCAACCGCCACAAAAUCCCACAAUCCCACGCGGGUUCAUCCCGGGCUCGUGCGGAAACGACCUAGAGUCACGCGGAAGCGCAGGAGUGAAGAGGCGGCCGAACAAAACUGGAUCUGUAUUUUUCUGGUUUUGAUGUCGGACUCCGACGAAGAACAGGCAGCCGCCGGAGGAAGAGGACAGCAGGCACGCGGCCGGUACCGCGAUGCAUCUUUGAUCACCGCUCUAGUAGAGCGUUGGCGUCCUGAGACAUCUUCCUUUCACAUGUCGGUCGGUGAGGUUACGAUCACUCUUGAGGACGUUGCCACACUGAGCGGUUUACUGAUCGAUGGUGAGGCCGUCAUAGUAGACGUACCAGAUCGAGACUACGCUUGGGGAGCAGCUGUUCUAGCCUACCUGUACCGUGAGAUGGGUAGGUCGGUUCUGCAUAUGACGCAGUCCUCUUCCACCGGAGGUGAAAUUGGUGGCUGGGUCGCCUUGCUGCAGCUCUGGGCGUGGGAGCGAUUCCCAUUGAUAGCACCCCAACAUACAGUGACGGAUGAGCCUAUUACAGCGGACGCAUCUCCACGUGGUGCUCGAUGGCUUCCGGCCAUGACCCGUCAGCAUGGUGACCAGCUCUUCAGUUAUAAGUUGUUUUUUGACGUGCUGGAGACGAUCGUGUGGUUGCCUUACUGGGAGAGAGACCUGCAGUUUAGGGGUUUCGUUCCCCAGUCAGAUACCUUCCGAGCAGUGGUUCCACUGAUCUGCUUUUCAGUAGUGAUGUGGCACCAUCCAGAUCGG